CAACGUUGUAACGUUGAGUUCCCGCCGAAACUCCAGCAGCGGUCUUCCUUGUCCGGCUAGGGCUCCAUCUAAGAAUAAUCCACGCACGAGCCGCUCAAGAAGGAAUUAUUGACCAUGAGUAAGCUGCAGAGUGAUGGACUCAGAGAGGCCAUAUCCCAGGUUGUUGCCAAUUCAAAGGAGAAAAAUCGUAAUUUCACUGAGACUAUUGAGCUGCAGAUUGGAUUGAAGAACUAUGACCCUCAGAAAGACAAGCGUUUCAGUGGCUCAGUUAAGCUCCCUCAUAUUCCUCGCCCUAAGAUGAAGAUUUGCAUGCUUGGAGAUGCUCAGCAUGUGGAAGAGGCGGGAAAAAUAGGACUGGACUGCAUGGAUGUGGAAGGGCUGAAAAAACUUAAUAAAAACAAGAAGCUUGUUAAGAAGCUUGCCAAGAAGUACCAUGCAUUUUUAGCAUCUGAGGCCGUCAUCAAGCAAAUCCCUCGUCUUUUGGGCCCCGGCUUAAAUAAGGCUGGUAAGUUUCCAACACUGGUGACUCAUCAAGAAUCCUUGGAGUCAAAAGUUAAUGAAACAAAAGCAAUGGUGAAGUUUCAACUUAAGAAAGUUCUUUGUAUGGGUGUUGCUGUUGGAAACUGCACAAUGGAGGAGAAGCAGAUCUUCCAGAACGUACAACUUAGUGUCAAUUUCCUGGUUUCCUUAUUGAAGAAGAAUUGGCAAAAUGUGAGGUGCUUGUACCUUAAAAGUACUAUGGGGAGUGCAAUCCGAGUAUUUUAGAUCCCAUUACUUCCAUUCCAGCUGCAGGGUGGCGAAGCUGUGAUGUGCAGCUCUAAGCUUAUUCAAUAACUAAUUCUUCAUAUCAAUUUUGUUUUGUUGACGGUUUUGUUAAAUUUGCUGUGAUUGGCGACUGAGAAAAUUUUAUCCGUUCGUUUCCUUAUUUGGUACCUAAAUGGUGUUCUGAAAUUUAGUUUGCUUACAUAUUACUGUU